CUUAUUUUCCUCUCGCUAGUGGCGCUAAUAAUAGCUAGUCUACCGAGGAUAAAGCGACGGCUACGUGCUUUUACGGUGCGGUAUAACUGUUAUUCCUACUUUAGCUCCUUUGUCUGUAACUGCUCCGACUGCUAUAAGCUUACUGUAUCAGUAUACGCGACUAACUUCACGGUCUAUAAUACGCACCUAAAAUAUCUGCGAGGCCGCGAUAACUUAAAGAUAUAUAGCUAG